CACAAUAGACAUUUAUACACCAUUCGAUAGAGAAUUUCAAGGGCUACAUUUUACACUAUUUAUAUUUGAUAUACGAAUUAUUUGAAUUUUCGACCUAAUGUCCGCUUGGAUGCCCACUGUGUAGUGUUGCGAUGGAAUACCGUAGAGACUUCAUUCUUUUUUUUUUGUUAGAAAGAGCAAAAUGUCUAGUACAAAAAUAUAUAAAAGAAUUUGAUUAGAAAUGCUUCCCGAAGAUCACAAAAAUCUUAGAAGAAAAGACAUUGUGAAAUUGUUCUGCAACUUUUUCGAAUUUAGAAAAAAAUUUACCCAAUAAGAAAGGUUAUCUUUUUUAAUUCGUUUAUUCCGAAUUUUAUAAUGUACGAAUAGGGCACUAUUGUUAUACAAAAAAGAAAUUUUCUACGUGUUUGAUAACUGUCAAAAUGAACGGUUUUAUAACAUCUUCUUGUAUCACCGAUUUUUCAUCACUGUCGAUCGCAGUCGAAAAAAUAAUUUCUACGCCGAGAGGGAAGUUGCCAGAAAUUAUAUAUUUUACAUGAAAAAGAAAGUUUAUUGAGUCCUCUACCAAACGAUAUUAUUUGGAAUAGAACACAACUUCUUUGUGAGAUAUUUUUAACAAAAAUUUGUUUUCGUGUUGUAAAGGUCAAAUUGAGUUUUUAAUCACAUCGUUUGCUGUUCAGUCUCUUGUAAGCUAGACUGACUAUUUUAAUAUCAUAUGAAAGCCUUCGUUGUAAUGAACAAAUGUCUAUAUAUAGCGCUCGAAAACAUCGAGAGUGAGUAGCGAAAAAAGUCCAACAAAUAUAUUUGGAUAAAAAAUUAUGACCGAAAUUGCAGAACAAUUUCACGAUGUCUUUUCUUCUAAGAUUUUUGUGACCUUCGGGAAGCAUUUCUGAUCAAAUUCUUAUAUAUAUUUUUGUACUAGACAUUUUACUCUUUCUAACAAAAAAAGAAUGAAGUCUCUACGAUAUUCCAUCGCAACGCUAUAUAACAAAAAAAAUUAAUGCAGAACUUUUGCACCAUCCGUUAAUAAUAGCUUUAUGUACGAAACUUAUAAAGCAUGUAGAAGCUGUUCUUAUUAACCUUUCAUUGUCAUCUCUUCUUUCUAAUGGUUACCUUAAAUAUGUUCUCCUAGAUUGGACGAUGAUUUAUACAAACCAAAAUCAUCUAAAGCAGACACAUUUAGUUCAGAAUGGGAAGUGAUUGAUCGAAAAACACCAACAAAAGAAACUAUAUCUUACUCAAAUUAUAGUUCCAAUAGUAGUACUGGAUUUGGAGUAUCAUCAUCAUCCCGAUCGAAUGAUACAACAACAACAUCAUCGUCAGCUAGUAAUGAUGCUCAAAAACGUUUUUCCAAUGCCAAAGCCAUUUCGAGUGAUCAAUAUUUCAAUAAGGAUAACGAUAAUGAUAGAAACAAUGUCGUAUCUCGUUUUGGAGAGAGUAAAAGUAUAUCAUCAGCAGAUUAUUUUGGUGAUUCACAAAACAAGAAUCAACAACAACGUGGAAAUAACAAUAAUUAUCAAGGACCUGAUUUAGCCACAAUGAAAGCCGAUUUUAAAGAUGGAGUGACAAAAGUGGCGGGAAGAUUAUCAUCAAUGGCUACAAAUGUUAUGUCCGCAAUUCAAGAUCGUCAUUGA